UUCACGCCUUUUCCUUCUUGUUCUUUCCCUUCUUCUUCUUCUCCUUCUUCUUCGUCCAGAAUCUGCAGGCCCUUCGAAUCGACCCGAUCCUUCUUUGCGACCGACCGACCGACCGACCGCCCGCGGAGGAAGAAGCGGCAAUGGCUCUGAACCCUCAGCUGUUCCCGAACGGCAUGCCCGUUCCGUUCGUCAACGAGAUGUUCGUCCUGGCCAGAGACGGCGUCGAGUUCGAGGUCGACAAGAUUCCCGGAUCCCAAGGGGGUCGUGUGAAAGUAAGAGGAACUAUCUACUUGUCAAACAUACGGAUGGUAUUUGUUACAAGCAAGCCUGGUGGGAGUUUCACCGCCUUUGACAUACCCCUGCUAUAUGUACAUGGUGAGAAGUUCAAUCAACCAAUAUUUUUCUGCAACAACAUAUCUGGCUUUGUGGAGCCUGUGGUACCAGAUGACCAGCACAGGGCACUUUACUCCACUCAUACUUUUAAGAUAUUGUUCAAGGAGGGUGGAUGUGGGACCUUUGUGCCGUUGUUUUUCAACUUGAUAUCCUCUGUGAGGCAAUACAAUCAGCAUGUUAACUCUGAAAGUGCGCCACGUGUGGAUCCUUUACAAGCAGCAGAAACUCCAGUUGAUGAGAUGAUGAGACAUGCAUAUGUUGAUCCCAAUGACCCUACCAAGAUCUUCUUACAGCAGCCUACUCCAGAGUCACAGCUGAGGCGCCGUGCAUACCAUCCUCGGCCUGCUGAAAACUCUAUAUGAUUGCAGUCUGAUGUUUACGGUGCAAAA